GCAACCCCAAAAAGUGCCCCAGCCGCUCAGUUUAAGUUUUUUCAUUUACGUAAAUCUUGGUUUACGUAAAGGGUUUUUCUUCUUUUUCUUUUUCUUUUUCUUUUUUAAUAGUAGCCAGCGUGAGAUUAUCUGCUUGAGCAUGGCGAACAACAUUGCAGUUAUCAGUAUUUGUUCCGUUCUGCUGGUUGCGGUGGUGGUAGCGGUGACGGUUGGUGUCACCCAAAGUGGGAAGAGCGAUGGUGAUUCGGGCGAAGUAAAGAGUGCGAGCAAGGCAAUCAAAGAGCUUUGCCAACCCACUGAUUACCAACAUGCAUGUGAGAAUAGUCUCUCAAAUGCCAACACCACUGAUCCCAAGGAGCUUAUUAGGAUGGGUUUCCAAGCUGCCAUGACCGAGAUUGAAACGGUAAUCGCCAACUCUACGACCUUGAAGGAGUUGGUGAAGGGCCGCCCAAGGGCUAAGCAGGCUCUUGAGAAUUGCCAUGAGCUCAUGGGGUACGCCAUUGAUGAUCUUAACAACUCUUUCAAACAAAUGGGGGAAUUCGAUGUGGACAAAUACGAGGAAUACGUGGAAAACCUCAAGAUUUGGUUGGCUGGUUCCAUCACAUACCAGCAAACUUGCUUGGAUGGAUUCAUUAAAACAAGAGGUGAAAGCGGGGAAAAAAUGAGGGCACUUUUGAAGACUGCUCAGGAGCUUAGUAGCAAUGCUUUGGCCAUGGUUUCUGAGUUGGAUUUAUCUCUCAAGAAACUCCACCUUUCAGGUGCCACUCAAGGCGUCGUACGCAGGCUCUUAUCUCAUGAUCAAAGUGGAUUCCCUUCAUGGGUCAGCUCAACCCAACGGAAGCUCCUUGAAAAUAGUUCAAAAUUCGACCUUAAACCGAAUGUUGUUGUUGCCAAGGAUAAGAGUGGCAAAUAUGGAACCAUCAACGAUGCAUUGAAAGAAAUCCCUAAGCGUGGUUCCACUCCAUUUGUUAUUUACAUUAAAAAAGGCGUCUAUAAAGAGCAAGUUAUCAUCACCAAGGAGAUGAAAAACGUCGUGUUCAUCGGAGAUGGCCCAGAAAAAACCAUCAUCACCGGUAAAUUGAACUACGUUGAUGGAGUUAACACCUUCAGGACUGCAACAGUUGCUGUUAUUGGUGAAAAAUUCAUGGCCAAGAACAUUGGAAUCCUCAACACUGCUGGAGCCAAGAAGCACCAAGCCGUCGCACUUCGAGUCCAAAGCGAUCAAUCCAUCUUCUACCACUGCAAGAUUGCUGGCUACCAAGACACCCUUUACGUCCACAGCCAUCGCCAGUUUUAUAGGGAAUGCAUCAUAAGUGGAACCAUUGACUUCAUCUUCGGCGACGCGGCUGCGGUCUUACAAAACUGCAGAAUCAUCGUGAGGAAGCCGAUGUCUAACCAAAAAUGCAUCGUCACUGCUCAAGGAAGGUCCGAACGUCGUGAGGUCACCGGCAUGGUCAUCCACAACUGCACCUUCACUGGUGAGCCAAAAUACAUGUCAGUGAAAAACAAGAACAAGGCGUACCUUGGUCGGCCAUGGAAGGAGUUCUCCAGGACCAUCAUCAUGCAAUCUCAUAUCGACGACAUCAUUGCCCCCGAGGGUUGGUUGCCGUGGAACGGCAGCUUCGCUCUUGACACUUUGGUGUAUUCGGAGUUUAACAACAGGGGACCUGGUGCCGAUACGUCCAAGAGAGUUAAAUGGAGAGGUCUCAAGACUUUCAACGAAGAACAUGCCAAGUUGUACACACCUCACGAUUUCUUACACGUUGAUGAAUGGAUCUCCAGGUCUGGGGUGCCCUACACUCCUGGCAUGAUGCCUGGAUUGUAGAAACUAUCAAACAUAUGACCUUUUAGUCUUAUACUUAGGGACUUUUACUUCAUGCCAACCUGUAAGUUUCUUUUGGAGUCACAGGCAUCCAAACUUUUAUAUUGAUUUAUUUUGAAAAAUAAAGCUUUCACUGCAUCUUUCAAAAAUUAACAGUGAAAGUAAUGUCUGUAACUCAUCAUACAAAUUACAAAUUGUCACCUAUUUAGUAUAUUUAAUUUUUAUCGUACAAGUUUUAGUGAAGAAAUAAAGGAAUUACAAGUGUAAGAUAUGUACCCAGAUGCCACGUUAU